ACUAUUGAAGUUGAAAAUGUCAAAUUUGAAUAAAAUCACACACGAUUAAUCCCCAUACGCUAGAAAGCGCUGUCUACAUAGCGGUUUGAAUUAAAAACCGUAGGAACUGGAUACAGUAGAGGAAUAUAGGCACAGUCCUCUCUUUACCCCAUUUUUUAUCUGCAAUCAAAUUUCGCAGCUCUCUGAAAUCUGGGUGGAAUUACUGCAAAAAUCCCUGACACAAAAAAUUAGAGAAAAUGACGGAGGCGGUGAUCAGGAACAAGGCCGGGAUGGCCAGCGUCAAGGACAUGCCCGUUUUGCAGGACGGUCCGCCGCCUGGCGGCUUCGCCCCGGUCCGGUUCGCGCGGAGGAUCCCUAACUCUGGGCCGAGCGCCAUGGCGAUUUUCCUCACUACCUUCGGAGUCUUCUCCUGGGGCAUGUAUCAGGUCGGAAAAGGCAACAAGAUCCGCAGGGCUAUAAAAGAAGAAAAGUAUGCUGCCCGAAGGGCAAUUUUACCUAUACUUCAAGCUGAAGAGGAUGAAAGGUUUGUCAAAGAAUGGAAGAAGUAUCUCGAUGAAGAGGCAAGAAUCAUGAAAGACGUUCCAGGCUGGAAAGUGGGCGAAAGCGUUUACCACUCCGGAAAAUGGAUGCCUCCAGCGAGUGGAGAGCUACGUCCCGACAUCUGGUAAUUUUGUAGUUGUCUGGUUGCAAUUCUGGCUGAUGGGGUUCGGCAAAAAACAUUUUGCUUAUCAAGCAUGCUUCACAACUAUGCUUGCUUCAUUUUGUUGAAUAAAGAUGAUGCUGAAAAGUAUGUUCCCAUUGCGUCUAUACCUGUUUCGUAGUACUUGUUGUCAACAUGAAACAUUCCGUCGCGUUCUGAUGUUGAAAUGGUUCGUUCAACUCUUCCAUUUUCAUCAAACUUAUAAAGCAUGACAGAAAAAUAUUGAGAAUCA